GCGUAGAUGUGGGGUUUGGGGGAGCGAGGGCUGUGGGUGAGUUCGGAUUUUGUAAGGCCGAUGCAGAGCACGGGAUGGGGCCGGCUUGGGCAGGGGAGCGGGACUUAAGGGCGCGGGGCUGCGAGCCGUGACGCUGGGGGCAUGGGCACGGCGGGAGAUGCUGCCGACGAUAAGGCAGCCCGCGGUCUGUCUGAGGUGCUCUGGGACGUGCAGCUGUGCUUGGCUGCUCCGGCCCUCGGGUCUGGGGCCUGUGCUCUGACGGCUCCUCUGUGACUUCUCCUUCCCUGGCAAGACUUGAGGCAUUUGGUUCCCGUGGGUGAUCUCCGCUUGGAGCAGCGAUUUGGUAACUUUGUUAUGUUAGAGGGUUUGUAGCUUCUGGAAAGAGGAUUUUUAAGGAUAAGGGGAUGCGUUUUGUUUCUGGAUGGUGGCUUUGGCACAUUUUGGAAACUAUUCGAGGGAGCGGAUAGAGGCAGGGAAAGAUAACCUUACAUUGCUGUUGUCAUCUGUGGUCAUGUUACAGAAGUGCCCGGAGAAAUCUUUGUCUCUUCAUAGACCGACAAAGAGAAGAGCUGUCCCUCAGCUCCCGUCAGCCAUACGGCACUUGUGACAAACCUACCUUGAAAGGCGAGGGGGCUGACAGGCGUCCUGUGCUGUCUCUGACCCUGCAUAGAGUCAUGUGUCAGAAAGUAUUAAAUUACAGCACGUAUCCUUGAGUGAAGGGAGAGUUUUUUUCCUAACCUCACCGCCUUUUGUGUGAUUGUUGGAAGAAACACGUUGAGCUUCCUUCGUGUGCUGCUGAGUGCUAAAUUAAGUGUAACUUGACAGGUAGGAGGGGGAGCUUAGUGCUGUCACAGGCAGUUUGGGCUGCGUAGGUCAGCAUGUGUCAGAGAAGGCUGAGUUUGUUUUUAUUAAAGAUGUGUGGAGAGAGGGAUGAUGCUAUUAGAGAAAGCCAUUGUGAUCAUUGGGAAUUACUGCACACACAUUAUAAAGGAGUGGGGAGACGUAAGGUGGAUUUCAAGUAAGAAUACAGCAAAGGGUAAAUUGCUUGCUUCUGUUUAGCCUCAUGCUCUAGGAACAUCACCAGAGAAAGGCAGCUCUUCCAGUAAGGGGAGCUUACUGGGAUGCAAAGUGCACAACAACUGGUCCUGCUGGAGCUGAGCUCGCGCUUCAGCUGUGCUGUGUGCUGCUGCUGCUCUACGUGCUGCUGGGCUCGUGUACUUCGCUUAUGCACAGCAAAAUCAAGCAGACAUCUGACAAGUUUGCUGGAGUAGAGGGAGGGGGUUCAUAGCCACAAGAACAUGGGUGGCUGGUUGUGGCCAGACCAUUGCUCUUCAGCUCUUUCCUGUUAGUGAGGUCACCAACACCUUUGUCUUAAUACUGCAUUCAGGUUUUGAAAGUGUAGAGCAGCUGACUGCUCAGCUAGUGGGACUAGUGUGUAUCUGACCUUCUGCACCAUGGCAGAGGUAAAAGUCGCAAGCUUGCAGAAGCUGGAAUGAGAUGGUGGGAUCCUAGGUGUGAAGGAGCACUCUGCUUUGUGCUCAAGCACAGUGCCUGCUUGCUGCUACCACGCUCCUGUUUUCUUGCAAGAGGCUUUGCCAGCAGCUCACAGUCUCAUUUGAGGCACCUCUUCUUCAGCCUGUGCUGUCCAUCCUGCAGCCAGCUGGAUUCUCCUUCUUCCUCAUGGCUUUCCUUGCUAUGCCUCCUAUCCCUCUCCCCUCUGGAACUGGAAGUGCAUCUUUGGAGCCAGGGCUGCUUGCUAACAGAAAAUGUGGUCAUCCCUUCUUCCAUCCCCAGAGACGUCUCUCCAAAGAACAGCACAACUUAAUACUGGAACUAACUGCUUUAGGAAGAGCGAGUAAAUGCUUGCAACAGCAGGAUACACUAGCUGAGGCAAGGCCCAGAUGAAACCUUUGGGCUUUCUGGUGGGUGGAUGCCCCACCAAUUGGGUAGGGAAGCCCUCAGCAAGGCAGAGAGGCGAAUGCUCCUGCGCAAAGAUGGUGAAACCUGGGGACCAGAGGCACACAGAGCUGUUUUACUGGGAGUGAAAGAUGGAAGCUGGACUAUUCUGCAGCUUGUGGAAGCCCUGGGGUUCUGCCUGGAAAAUACUGAUCCACGGACACGAGGGCGAGGCAUCCAACUGCUGUCACAAGUGCUGCUCGAGUGUCAUUCCUUGCUCCAGGAGAAGGAAGUUCUGCACCUGGUCCUGUUUUAUGAGAACCGGCUGCAAGAUCAUCACCUCAUGAUCCCUUCAGUGCUCCAGGGUCUGCGUGCACUGAGCCUGUGUGAGGCGCUGGCCCCAGGGCUAGCAGUUUCUGUGCUCAAAGCCAUCUUCCAGGAGGUGCACGUGCAGUCCCUGCUGCAGCAGGAUCGCUACACAGUCUACAGCAUCAUCACCAACUUCAUGGCCACCAGGGAAGAAGAGCUGAAGGGCCUGGGUGCUGACUUCACUUUCGGCUUCAUCCAGGUGAUGGAUGGGGAGAAAGAUCCCCGCAACCUGAUGGUGGCCUUCCAGAUUGUGCGUGAUCUCAUUGUCAGGAACUAUGCCCUGGGUCCCUUUGUGGAGGAGCUGUUUGAAGUGACAUCCUGCUACUUCCCUAUUGAUUUUACUCCACCCCCCAACGACCCACAUGGCAUCCAGAGAGAAGAUCUGAUCCUUAGCCUCCGAGCUGUACUGGCCUCCACACCACAGUUUGCUGAGUUCCUGCUCCCUCUGCUCAUCGAGAAGAUGGAUUCAGACCUGCAAAGUGCCAAGCUUGACUCCCUGCAGACUCUGACUGCUUGCUGUGCCAUCUAUGGGCAAAAGGAGCUACAAGAAUUCCUCCCUAGCCUCUGGUCAUCCCUGCGCAGGGAGGUGUUCCAGACAGCGAGUGAGAAGGUUGAGGCAGAGUGCCUCUCUGCAUUGCACGCCCUUUCUGCUUGUCUCUCCCGUUCUGUGCUCAGCUCAGAUGCCGAGGACCUGCUGGACUCCUUCCUUAGCAGCAUUCUGCAAGAUUGCAGGCACCAUCUGUGUGAGCCUGACAUGAAGCUGGUGUGGCCAAGUGCCAAACUCCUGCAGGCAGCAGCAAGUGCUUCCCUCCGCACUUACCACCGUCUCACCCACAGCAUCCUUCCCCUGCUACUGGAGCAGUACAACAAGCAUUCACAGAGCAGCCAGAGAAGGACAAUCUUGGAAAUGCUGCUGGGUUUCCUGGAGUUGCAGCAGAAGUGGGGACAUAUAGAAGAAGAUGAGAGUACUCUGCUGUCGCUCCAAGAGACAGUUUGCUCUGUGGUGUUCUCAGCACUCACAGAUCCCAGCGUGCAGCUCCAGCUGGUCGGGAUCAGGGCACUGACUGUCCUGGGCUCUUUGCAAGGCUUCCUGUCUCCCUCUGACCUGGAGCUGGUUGUGGAUCAUCUUGUCCGGCUUGCUCUUCAUGAGGAAGAUUCCCAGAGCAGUGAAGCAGCAAUGGAAGCAGCUGGAUCUCUGGCUCCUGCCUACCCUAAAGUUUUCUCUGGGCGCAUGGUGCCCAGGCUCGGAGAGGAGCUGCAGUCGGAGCGGGAGGAAGAGAGCUCCCGGGAUCUCCACUCCUUGCAGCAGCGCUGCCUGCAGGCCUUGGCAGCCGUGUCCACACACACCAGCAUCGUGAGGGAAACUGUCCCUGUCCUGCUGCAGCACCUCCGGAAUGUGCAGAAAGGGAGUGAGGCCGGGAAUGCCCGAGAGAUAGUCUCUGUAUGCCAGAGCCUGCACCGUGUGGCCCUGCAGUGCCAGCAGGACGCGGAGGGCUGCUGGUACUACCACCAGGCAGUGGUGCCGUGUCUGCUGGCUAUGGCCGUUCAGGCUGCCACACAAGAGAGCAGCCACCCACUGGUAAGCAAGGCGCUGCUGGAGGAGGAGGUGCUGACUGCCAUGGUCCCUGUUAUCAGCGCUGCCACCACUCACCUUAGCCCUGAGCUGGCUGCCCAGAGUGUAUCUCAUGUGGUGCCUCUCUUCCUGGAUGGAGAGGUCUCCUUUCUGCCCCAAAACAGUUUUCCUUGCUCCUUCCAGCCCUUCGAGGAUGGGGAGUGUUUGGAGCCACAGAGACGCCUAGUUGCCCUCCUCAUGGCCUUUGUCUGUUCCUUACCCCUCAAUGUGGUAAUUCCACAGCAGGAACGGUUGCUCCGGGAACUGCUGGCACUGAGUUGCUCCUGCAGCUGUCCCUUCACAGCCACCACAGCUUCCAAGUGCUUUGCAGGACUUGUAAACAAGCACCCAGCAGGGCAGCAGCUGGAUGAGAUCUUGCAACUUGCAGUGAACAGGAUGGAGCCUGGCCUUACAGAAGGGCCUCACCGAAUACAGGCACUCACCCUGCUGCUCUGGGUGACCAAAGCCCUGGUACUGCGCUACCACCCCCUGAGCUCCCAUCUAACAGACAAGCUGCUGGGCCUGCUGAGUGACGUGGAGCUGGGCCCCACUGCAGCCGAUGGCUUCUCCCUGCUCAUGGCUGAGUCCCCAGACGUGCUGCACAAGGGCUGCCACGCCGACGUGCGCAUCAUGUUCCGCCAGCGCUUCUUCACUGACAACGUGCCCAAGCUGGUGCAAGGCUUCCAUGGGGCUGGUGCCGAUGUGAAGGCCAAUUACCUGAAGAGUCUAUCCCAUGUGCUCAACCAUCUUCCCAAGCCUGUGCUGGUGACAGAACUGCCCACGCUGCUUUCCCUCUUGCUUGAGGCCUUGUCCUGCUCAGACCGUGUAGUACAGCUCUCCACCCUGAGCUGCCUCCAGCCGCUGCUGCUCGAAGCCCCCCAGAUCAUGAGCCUGCAUAUCGACACACUGGUCACCAAGUUCCUCAGCCUCACCUCCAGCCCUGCCAUGGCUGUCCGCAUCGCUGCCCUGCGUUGUGCCCAUGCGCUCACCAGUCUGCCCACAAUAGUGCUGCUCCCAUACAAGGCCCGAGUUAUCCGGGCGCUGGCCAAGCCUUUGGAUGACAAGAAGAGGCUGGUGCGGAAGGAGGCAGUAGCUGCACGAGGGGAAUGGUUCCUGGUGGGGAGCCCGGGCAGGUGAGCACCCUGCAUCCCCUCCCUGUGCUUACUGACAAUCUGACCAGGACCCUGUCGAUGCCGCGGACCCAGCUUCCCUUGGAGCCUGGUACUGCCUGAAGCACUGAGGCUGGAGAAUGGAGACCUGCAGGCAGCACCUCCCCUGUGGCCCCUUCUGGCCCACUGUCCUCUCUUCUGCACCUAGCAGAGGGAAGGAGCUGUGCUGCGUAUGGCUUGCCUGUAGCUAGGGACACUGACGGACAGAUUUGCUACAUGUGAACUGCACGGGCAGGCUUGUGCACACAGGUGCUCUGCGUAGCACCCCAUGUGUGAGAGGAAUAAACUUGUCUGUUUUGGUAA